AUGUCUUCUCCUCCUAGAGACUCUCAUCCCCCAGGCACCGUGUCGCGUCGCCUACCAUUAUCCGCGCUCGUUUCUGAAUGCGAUCACGCCCUGGAUAUCAACAUGUUCAGAGCGAAAUGGGAAAACGACAGCAACGAUUGCAAGAGAAGAUGGCGCAGAACCCAAGUCUACAUGGUCCUGAGAUCUUUCGCAAAAGCCAAGGAGGUCAUGUCAGAUCGAGCGAUCAAUGAGCUGUGCGAGUAUCUAAAGAGAGGCACAUGGAACAGCACGGCCAGGAAUGCCAGUGGGCAUCCUUGCUACAAGCACUUCAAGGGAACGUCGCCAUGUCCCUCGCCCUUUGCUGGACCAUACUAUCCCUACUUCUUCAUCAUUCAGGCUCUGUUUCCGCUCAGCGAAGCUCUCAAGGGAAUGUAUCGGGACCUCUCAGACCUGUGGGAGAUGGAUCUCGAUCCCACUAGACCUUUCUAUCCACGUCUUGCUGACUCCGAGCGAGAGUUCUCUCUCAUCAUGGGCCAGAAACCUAGUCCUCGGGUCCCUGGUCCUGAACCUGUCACUAUGUCGUCCGCGGACCAACCUCAGUCUCCCAAAGUGAAAGCUGAGCAGGACAGUGGAGAAGAUAAUCAUACUCUCAAGCGCAAGGCUCGGCCAGAGAUGUUCAGUAACAACAAUUCCCCCGACAACGACGGAGAACAACUUACAAGUGUUCGAAGUGACAUCAAACAAGAAACCUCCGAGUUCCAAACUCAGCUUCACAAGGACACCACUGGAAGUUAGGAAAUUUCCGAUCGACAUCUUGAUGAAUUGAGAAGAAAAGCACAGGAAAUUCGCCGCCAUUCUAUCAAAGCACAGAAGCACGCAAAUGCUGCUUUCAAGCUCGCAAACACCCUCGUCGAGGACCUCGGCAGAACAACUGAACAUUCCGAUGGUGCUAUCUCAGAAGAGGAACGACCCAGCAAGCGGGUUCGCGAGAACUGAGUUCAGAAAACAGGGCAAAGAGCUGCCGAUGGUUCGAAAUGAGCUGCAACGCAGCUAUUGAGCGUCUUAGUAUUGUCGCCCUGCAUGAGGAGCAACCCAACAAGCGAGUUCGUGAGAACGAAGAUGCCAAAGGCCAAGGAAGAAAGUUAAUUUUGGUGGAAGCGGUGAAACCCUGUUCACGGC